GGGGAGCUCAAUAAGGUGACCAGAUGCAUUGUGGUAGCAUUAACAAAGGUGACUGAGGCGGGGCGACGAGACGGGACGGGACGGGACGGGACCAGACGAGACGAGACGGGACGGGACCAGACGAGACGGGACGGGACAAAACGACAAGGUGAGACAAAGACUAGUCAAGGAUACUUGCAGGAAAGGCGAAAGUGUGAUGGCACUAGAACCGAUAACAAGCUUAUCUACUUGCUAUCAUCAUCGCUCUUUGACAGACGACACUCCAACCUUCGCCGUUCAAUUCAUUUUGGUUUCGCCAACAGCAUUUGUUAUGCCUAAAAGUAGGCUCUUCGCGUCACUGCCGAAUGAAGAUGGCUGCAUUGGAAAAAAUGGAAGCUAAAGAGGCGCUACGCAACAUCAUCUCGGGACUGUGGUUCGCAAUUCUCUAUCGUUCAGUAGAACGACACACUGGCUACGACAAAGCGGUGCGCAAGGCCUCGCGAUGCCGUGCAAUCUGCAACCUUACAGCUUGUCUACGUGCUGGAAAGGAAGGCCUUGACGACCUCCAGUCGGCUUUAGAAGACGAUGAUUUACACCGAUCCACAAACCGUUAUCGAACUGUUAUCCGAAGGGUCCUAAUAUUUAUUGAUAAGACUCUAAAAACAACGGAGAGCCUAUAUCGCUACCUAAAAAAUGCGUUGCGGGAUGUCAUCGACUUAGUCGACGAUGAUGACGUCGACGACGCUGCCACGAGUUUAUUAUCUCAACAUCUUCGACGUCAAGACCAACUGAUAAACACCGAUACCCAUACAGGGCUUGAGUCAUCUUACAACAGCUAUAGCAUAUCUCUCGAAGCAACAUUUAACAAGAGCACGCAUCCACAGUACACAGUGCAAUAUGAUUCACCAAUCCUCAUUUACGUGCAAUCAGGGGAUAUAAAUGCUACCCGAGCAUUGUUGCAAGCGGGCAUGGCCUCGAUCUAUGAUGUCGAUCCAUACAACCUUGGACUACUUUAUUACGCGAGUUAUUAUUGCUGGAGAUGUUAUGGAGCGAUUAAGGCAAUCCAAAUGUGUAGAAUGCUGAUUCAAACGGGCGCGGAUAUGAAUAUGAUGGGUGAGAUUGGGAAGUUAGAUAUUCCAACCCUGGAUGGUUCUAUGUGGCUGCUGAUCUCGUGCAUCAGUACUCCUCUUCAUACAAUGGCUGACUCUGCUGUGGUGGAGAGGUGCAGAGAUCUAAAUUCGCCAGCUGUGAUUGAAGUGGCACUUCUCUGCAACAUGAGCAGCCAUGAGCUUGUUGAAGAACAUCGAACCGGUUACAGUCUCACAACACUUCAUGAGACUCUUCUCGGCAUCAAUCUGGAAAAUUCCAGCUUGCAGGAACACCCUCAGUCUUUACAGAGUCUUGGAUCGCUUUCAGAACCAAUCGACAAACCGGAUUCGCGUGGUCGAAGUGCUCUUGCGUGGGCUGUCGAAUACGGCAUGGCUGAUGCCGUUCGAAUACUGUUGAGAUUUGGCGCCGACGCCUGUCAAUAUAGAAUAUCCCAUUGGAGCCAGCUCCCGAUGCUACAUCUUGUCAUUGCUGGGCCCCCACCGCCUUUGGCAUCAGGCUUCCUCGAGGUAGUUAAGAUCUUACUAGCUACAGACAUCGAUAUUAAUGCAAGAGAUGAUGAGGCUUGGUCAGCUUGGCAUGUAGCAGCAUCUUGGAGAUCUUAUAAUGUUCCUACGUGAGAUUAUGUGUACUCAUAGUACUUGUGUGGAGAUAGAUUCGCCUUUCCUGCACGUCGUCUUUGCUUCGCAAUUCCUCCAACAUCCAAACGUUCGCCUUUCCUGCACCAUCACUCUCAUUUUCAUAUGAUGGGCAGUCAUGACGCAUCCUUCCGGCGGCCCUCGAGCCAUCGAGUACAAUACACUAACCAAUAGAAAGCCAGCAUUCCUCGUUUUGGUUUCAUCUGCAGAAGUAAUUUGAGUCCGACAUCUCAGGUUGACUACACUGGUAUCUGCCUCGGCCAUACUUCAGAAGGACUAUUGGCCGCUGGGAUAGCCGCUGGAUAAAUCUUGACUGGCAUCAUUGGUUUAUUGAUCCUUGGUCCCUUGACCAGGUUUGAUACAUGGGCGCAGCUGUUGGCUGGCGAUAUAUUGCGGCGUUACGAAGCGUUGACUCUCCUCAAUAUCGCGGUCGAUACGUGCAACCUCACGGCUGCCUUGAGCACGGCAGCUAGCCUUCGCAUCAAAAACCCAUCUCGGGGUCAAGCUCCUAUAAAGCAACAGCGUUACCUUCUCUUCCCAAGCCAACCAUCGACUCCAAGAACCCAAAUACCAUCCUUGACUCGGAAAGCCCGCAUCUAUUCAAAGAACAUGGCGCAACUCAUCCCUUACGGCAAAACUGGCGGCCCAGUCCCAGUCAACAACUGCACUUUCACUUCCUGGGCGGGGGUUAUUCAGAAAAUCAAAGAUUGCGAGUCAUCAAGCUGCGAAUACUCCGAUAAUUAUGUCCCACCAGAGGAACCAAAGAAAUAGUGAAUAACUUCUUGGGGGAGACAAUUGAAACUGAGG